AAAACUUACACUUAAGAUUGACUGACUUGACACUGCAAGGAGAGUCAAACACUCGGAUGGGACAAUUGCGUAUUUUAUCAUUUUUAUUUUAUUUUUAAGGAUAUUAUGACAGUAUAAUUUAUUAACAUUUGAAGGACUUGACUGACCUUUAGCUGUGACGUUGUGUGUCCUGCUGGGGUCUGUCCGGGCUUUGCGGCACGUGCGUGGGGCAGACAGACAGGAGAGAUGAGCCGCUUCCUCAACGUCCUGCGGAGCUGGUUGGUGAUGGUGUCCGUCAUCGCGAUGGGAAACACGGUGCAAAGUUUCCGAGACCACAGCUUCUUAUCAGAAAAACUCUACACGGGUACUCCAGAGUUUGUGAAUGGCCUUCAGGCUCGCACUUUUGGAAUAUGGACUUUGUUGUCUUCCAUCAUCCGCUGUGCUUGUGCCAUUGACAUUCAGAACAGAACGCUGUAUCACAUCACUUUAUGGACCUUUGUGCUGGCGUUAGGCCAUUUUCUAUCAGAAGCCUUCAUCUACAAAACUGCACCACUCACUAUCGGAGUCAUGGCUCCACUUAUUGUUGCAAGUUUUUCCAUCAUUGGGAUGCUCAUUGGAUUCCAGUGUUUUACAGAGACUCAGGAGGAAGAGACCGUCCGACAGAAGAAACGAAACUAGAGGCGACUUUUGACCAGUCCUUUAACAUGCCCUUUUAUAUGUCUAUCCCGAUAUGUAUGCAUAAAUGUAUUUUCACAAAAUGAACAAUAUUCUAGAGAAUUGAUGCAUGCCAAAAGGUCUGUUUUUAUUUUGUUUUAGUCAUUCAUGAGAAAUAUUUCGUAAAUCAACCCUCAUCCAUAUUUUUCUAGGAGCAUAUGCGACCCAAAGAACCCCUACAUUUUAAAAUAACCAGGGUUAUUACCCAUCAGUUUUUAACCGAAUAGUGUUGUGCAUAAUUGAACAAUUUCAAAAGAUUUUAAAAGAAAAUGGUUUUUGUCACUGCUUUUCAAAAAUAUUUAUAGAUGUUUGAAUUGUAGUGAACAUGUCAGCUCAUGUCCAAAACCUUACUUUCUCAUUUUACUUUUGGCUGCCAUUCAAAUUUACUGCCAUUUUCUGCAUUAUAUUUAAUGCUCUCUUUCUUUUCUUCCAUUAGCCUGUUCAAACAGAUUCACAAAAGAACAUUUUAUGAUCGAACUAGAAUAUUAAAUGCCUAUUAUUAAAAUACAUUUAACUAAAGUGUUCUAAUUGUUAAGUUUCUUGUUCUGUUUAGUUGGUUUUGUAAAUUGUUUAGUUUAUUUUCCUCUUUUUCUCAUUACCCAAUUGUUUUGACUGUGUGGUUACUAUCCUAUCUUUUUUGUGGUCAUCUUCAUACUUGUGUCACAUUUGGCAUUUCUUUUAUUUUGGUGACAUCUAAUUGUGAUCCCCACAUGUAAUGACCCAUUGUCCAACUUGUGUUCAUUUUGAGGGUUUUCCAUUACUGUGGUGUCUUUGUGGUUUCAAAGUUUGAAUGAGUUGGUUCUCUUUGAGUCUUUUUUUCCAGACAUUCCUUAUGCAUUAUUCUUUUAAUUUAUCAUUUGCCUGUGGUUGUUUGACUUUUCUGUGAAUCUUUUGAAACUGUUUCCAUUUUGUUGUGAAAAAAAUAUCCUGCAGGUUUCUAGGAUGAAAUUGGGCCUUUAGGUACCCAACUCUGUCUUGUGUAAACAGAAAAAGUCACACUCAA